AUGACGCACAACGGCAACAUGGAAAAGGAUAAUCGAAUAACAUUGAACAUCAUACACUUUAACGAUGUGUACAAUGUGGAGGGUCAAAAAUCGGAACCGUUUGCCGGUGCCGCACGGUUUCUCACCGCGUUGAAGCACUACGGUGCAGGGGAUAGAAGCUUGGUUCUAUUUUCAGGCGAUGCGCUUAGUCCAUCUAUGAUCAGUACUGUCACUCAGGGACGGCAUAUGCCUCGUAUUUUGAACCAAAUGAGUAUAAACUGCGCAGUUUUAGGGAAUCAUGAUUUGGAUUUUGGUUUGGACAUACUGUGUGAGUGUAUAGAACAAUGUAAUUUUACAUGGUUGAAUAGCAAUAUUUACGAUCGAAAUACACACGAGCUGCUUGCUAACACCCCGUCCUAUAAAAUUGUCGAACAUGCUGGUUUGCGGAUUGGAUUGAUUGGUCUGUUAGAAAAGGAAUGGGUCGCCACCCUGUCUUGUGUUGAUCCCGACGAUCUGUACGUGGCUGAUAUUUGUGAAGUUGGGCGAAAUAUGGCAAAAAAACUGAAGCAACCCUCGGCAGACGGCGAGAAAGCAUGUGAUUUGGUCAUUGCAUUGACUCAUAUGCGUUGGCCAAACGAUCGUCUCGUGGCACAAACCGUCCCGGAAAUCGAUUUGGUUCUAGGUGGUCAUGAUCAUAACUAUGAGAUCGAAUGGUUUGAUAACCCGGAUGGGUCGGGUCCACAUCGACGAGCUGUCAUUAAAAGUGGGACAGAUUUCCGUGACUUCUCGUUCAUACAAUUGGUCUACAAUUAUCAGCAACGAAAGGUGGAAGAAGUUCAAAUCGAAAGGGUCCUCGUGGACGGACGAUGGACACCAGAUCCUGAAGUGGCAAGUUACGUGGAAACUUUGACCGAGAAACUGGAUCGAAAAUUGGACCUGGUGAUUGGUAAUGUGGAUGUUCCGUUGGACGCCAGGUUUGGCUCAAUACGGAUGAAAGAGACCAAUGUGGGCAAUCUGAUCUGUGAUAUCAUUUUGACUGGGGUCAAUGCGGAUCUGGCCAUGCUCAAUUCGGGCACACUGCGCGCGGAUCGAAUCAUACCACCGGGCGAGUUUAAACUGAGGGAUUUAAUCAACCUGUUGCCGUUGCUUGAUCCGUUGGUCGUGCUUCAGGCAAGCGGAUCCCAAAUUAUGCAGGCCCUUGAGAAUGGCGUCUCACAAUACCCUAGACUGGAAGGUCAGUACAGAUUGCAUGUGUUCUAA